AUGUCAUGCAAAGAACUGCCAAUGUUGACUGCCGAACCUGUGCCGAGUAGCUCCAAGGUGUCCGACAGUGGCUCGAGCAGCAUGAAAAGAACACGCGUUCAAUCAUCCAUUCGAAAUAAAAAGACGAAGAAAACCCCGGAAGAUUUGCUGACGACCAUACCGAUCAUAAAUCUACCGACGUACGUAGCCGAAAAUCAUUGCUUGAGCAUACUGGAGACAGAAGAGGAUCUAUUGAGUUUCUUGGAAAUUUUGAGUCCUCCGAAUGAAGACUGA